CGCUAUGUACCACGUGGCCAGGCUGCACCCUUUCAUUGCCGGCGCUGGGAUGGCGGAGAGCGGGCUGGGCUGCAUCGGGGCCGGGAGGAUGGCCAGGGGGGUGCUGGAGGGGGCCAUGCUCACAGGUACUCACACUCACUGCCUUCACUCACACUCACUGUACUCAUUACCGCCAUACACUCCUUACUCACUGUGUCUGCACUCACACUCUGUGUCUGCACUCACACUCUGUGUCUGCACUCUCACAUUGUCUACACUCACACUCUGUGUCUACUCUCCCUCUCUAUCUGCAGCCACUCAGGCCAUAUGAGUGCAGGCUAAUGGUGUGUAGGAUUAAUUUACAGCAAUUCACUAAUUUCACAAAUUUUAUUGUGAGCAAUAAAACCCAGACUGCAGGAAUUCAGCAGUGACACGGUUAUUCAAUAACUGUCCAUUGUCAAGAAAUUCAGGAAAAUUUACAUUUUAGGCCAAAUUAACAGCUGGGAACAGAGUUGCCUUUUAAAUGUUUCCAAUCUGGCUAAUUUGGUCACUUUGAAUUCUCCUCAAUCACACUUUAGUAAAUAUUCAUGGGAUUUUUAUUCAUCAAUAAAAUUUUGUGAAUUGGAAAAUGCUGCAAAUUGCAGUUUAGUGAAUAAGGUCCUGAUAGAGUAAUCUUUCAGGCUGGAGAGAGUCCAUCACAGACAAUGUGGAGAAAACCAGAGAUAAAAUACAAUUUGUGCAGAAUGUGUGGCUCUGCAAAAUAAAAUCUGUUUGCAGAGCAGCGUUUGGCUCCAUGUCAUGUGAGUGAUCACAAUGGUCAUUAUACAUACUGUAUGAAUCUGAGUUUUUCUUUGUACCUUCAUGUUUGUGAAAUCGCUUCUCCCUGUUACUGCAGGAUCUCUGAGCGUUCCCUAUAUCAUUACUGAUCCUCGCAGCCAGCGGUCCACCAAUAAAAACGGCUAAAUGAAAAGAGAUUUUAUGCUACUCCUCAUUGCAAUCGCAGGGACACCAUCAUCACUGCAGCUCUGUGUAGUAGCUUUGUUGUGAUUUAGUCUGUUUGUUUAACCUGUAAAUGUAUUUUCUGUAUCAGUGAAUCUUACCAAAUGACUCUUACAGUAUCUGGAUUUGUAAUGCAUUAAUAUUGUAUUUUAAGUGAUAUUUUUUUUUUUUUUUAGGUAAAAUUCAAGCAAAAGAUGUCACAGUGAGUGCCCCGAGUGACAAGAAUGUUAAAAUAUUCCGUGUAAGUAAAUGGUGGAAACGUAAUAGUAUAACUAUGUAUACAGCGGGAUAUGCCGAGAUUUUAACAGUUAGAUGUGGUUUUUGAGAGGAAGGCUGAGCUCGUGAAAGUGAGAUGAAUGGAAGGAAGGUAAUAUUAAAGUGCAUUUCUAUUAAUAUAUGCAUUUGUCAAUACCCAACAUAAAAUAAAUCACAUGUAUGAUUUGCUCAAAAGGCGAAUUUAUCAAUUUGUUGUUUUUAUACAAAAUAAAAUGGGAUACAAGUUAUAUGAGGAAGUGAUACAUGCAUGAAAAGUGAACAAUCUAAUACCAUGUGUAAUCUUAUUAGACAUAUGGUGGGUCAAUCAAACAUCCGAAAAAGAUUAUAUGCAUCUAUCUAGGGUAAAAUACAAAAAAAAUUCAGGUACACCAAACGUGGAUAGAACACACACUUAGUGGGUAACAGAGAAAAUCCUAAAUACAAUUACCCUUGUACUGUAGAUAAGGACUCCUCAAGGUCCUCAAAAUAAUAUCUAGGGUACACUAACCUUUCUAGAAUCGAUCUAAUGUUAGGGGAGAAUACUUUGGUGGAACAGACUUUCAAUAUUUUGAUAAGAUUAAUCCUUGGAAAGACCACAGCUCUAUUGUUUUUGUUCUGAAACACUCAAAAGUUUACAAGCCAUUUAGUACAUAACGUCUCGACUAGUAUAUUGAAAAUAGCAAAACAGAAAAAAAUAAAAUAAAUAUAUAUAAACACACAGUGAUGGGUACCCAGGGGGUGGCUGUGAGUGCAGUAUACAGUGAUGGAUACCUGGGGGGUGGCUGUGAGUGCAGUAUACAGUGAUGGAUACCCAGGGGGUGGCUGUGGGUGCAGUAUACAGUGACGGAUGCCUGGUGGGUAGCUGUGAGUGCAGUAUACAGUGAUGGAUACCCGGGGGUGGCUGUCAGUGCAGUAUACAGUGAUGGAUGCACGGGGGGUGGCUGUGAGUGCAGUAUACAGUGAUGGAUACCCGGUGGGUGGCUGAGUGCAGUAUACAGUGAUGGAUGCACGGGGGGUGGCUGUGAAUGCAGUAUACAGUGACAGAUACCCGGGGGUGGCUGUGAGUGCAGUAUACAGUGAUGGAUGCCCAGGGGGUGGCUGUGAGUGCAGUAUACAGUGACGGAUGCCCGGUGGGUAGCUGUGAGUGCAGUAUACAGUGAUGGAUACCCGGGGGGUGGCUGUGAGUGCAGAAUACAGUGAUGGAUGCCUCGUGGGUAGCUGUGAGUGCAGUAUACAGUGAUGGAUGCCCGGGGGGUGGCUGUGAAUGCAGUAUACAGUGAUGGAUACCCGGGGGGUGGCUGUGAAUGCAGUAUACAGUGAUGGAUACCCGGUGGGUGGUUGAGUGCAGUAUACAGUGACGGAUGCCCGGUGGGUAGCUGUGAGGUGCAGUAUACAGUGGCGGAUGUCGGUGGGUAGCUGGUGCAGUAUACAGUGGCGGAUACCCCGGGGGUGGCUGUGAGUGCAGUAUACGGUGGCGGAUACGAGGUGGCCUUGAAUUUUGGUAUACAGUGUGGAUGCGGGGGUGGCUGUGAGUGCAGUAUAGUGAUGGAUACCCGGGGGGUGGCUGUGAAUGCAGUAUACAGUGAUGGAUACCUGGUGGGUGGCUGUGAAUGCAGUAUACAGUGAUGGAUACCUGGUGGGUGGCUGUGAAUGCAGUAUACAGUGAUGGAUACCCGGGGGGUGGCUGUGAAUGCAGUAUACAGUGAUGGAUACCUGGUGGGUGGCUGAGUGCAGUAUACAGUGAUGGAUACCCGGGGGGUGGCUGUGAACGCAGUAUACAGUGAUGGAUACCUGGUGGGUGGCUGAGUGCAGUAUACAGUGAUGGAUACCCAGGGGGUGGCUGUGAACGCAGUAUACAGUGAUGGAUACCUGGUGGGUAGCUGUGAGUGCAGUAUACAGUGACGGAUGUCUGGGGGGGGAGGGGGCGGGGAAUACAUGGGGUGCUAUCUGGCUGCUGAGUGAUACGUUCAGUCUGUGUUAAUAAAGAUUUCUUUGUUCAGGACCAUGGCUGCCACACAACGCAUUCCAAUGCUGACGUCCUAACUGCCUGUAAAGUGGUGAUUUUGGCUGUAAAACCACACAUCAUUUCCACUGUCCUCCAAGAGAUCUCAUCGCUGGUUACCUGUGAACACGUCUUUAUAUCACUGGCUGCUGGUGUUACCCUACAAACCCUGGAAAGUGUGAGUUCACUGAGAGCCAUGUCGGAAUAGAAGGGAUUUUGUGGUUAGUAUGCUGUGUCCACUAACCGUACAUGUUCUUGUUUAAUCCGGACAAUGGCGUUCCUGUGUAACUAUAGUGCUGGAUUAGAGGAUCCUGUGGGCACUGCUAUAAUGCUUGGAGGCUCCACAUUGACUGUUUCUAUAAAUUAAAGGGACACUAACUGCUCUAUCUUCUUAAAGUGGUUAUAGUGUCUGGAAUUCCCAUGCAGUGUUAAACCGUUUUAAUGUAGAACGAGGCAGCCCAUCCCACCCAUGCUGUUUGGACUGAUGAGGAAGUAUCAGCCCGAGCAGCAAUGGCCAACUGUGAUUGUCUGAGACUUAGAUCCCAGUGCCCACUGCAGGUAUGAAUUGGUAUGACUACAAGAUAGUGUGAAAUCUCUGCCUUAGCCACACCUCCAGUGGGGGCAGGACUGUGGGUGCCUAGACAUCUCAAUAUAAUUUAACUCUGAAUGGAGGGACAGUCCAGGGGACUCCAGACACUAUAACCACUUCAAUAAAAUAGCUAUAGUGUCUACAGUGUUUCACAUGGUCCUGAGGCUACAGGCCGUGGCAGGUCUGUUAAUUUUUUACUUUUUUUUAACUAACAAAUUAGAUCUGUAGAGAGAUGGGAAUUGUUAUAAGGUCCCAAACCCCUGCGUUCCAGUCUAUAUUUAACUGUCCAUUUUCAUCUCCAGUGUCUUCCUGCUGGCUCGAAGGUUCUCCGCAUGUCUCCUAACUUACCUUGUGUGGUUCAGGAGGGAGCUGUGGUGGUGUGCCGAGGUCGUCGUGCCGGCGACCAGGAAGUGGCUAUGGUAAAGAGCCUUUUUUCUGGGUGUGGUCUGUGUGAGGAGGUCCCGGAGUCGUACAUUGAUAUCCACACCGGGCUGAGCGGCAGUGGAGUGGCUUAUGUAAGUAAGGAAAGUAGUGACCGCUAAGGAGUAUUAAUAACGAGGAACGGUCCCUUCCCCUGACACAUGCUAUUAAAGGGCUGCUUACUGGGGUAAUGAGUGUAAUGACGUAUAAAACACACUGACCGCACUUUCAUCUAGAAACCUAAAACAGACCACUAAUCCACAAAAAAGCACAAUUAAUGGCCAAUUCUCACUAAGCUGCUGGUUUGUAGGAAAAAUAAAUCCCACAAGCGCCAGUCGGUCGUUAAAAUCACAAUGGGUGUAUUUGCAGCCCUGGGAGCAGAAUUUCUUAAUAAAAGCUGAUUUUUCUCUUGUUUUUUGGAAUAGCCUUCUCCGCAUCCCCAUCAUUCCUCGCUUUCUUUCUGCCUUUAUUCAGGUUUACAUGUUUGCGGAGGCUCUGGCAGAUGGUGCCGUUAAGAUGGGAAUGCCCAGUGAAUUAUCCAAUCGAAUUGCAGCUCAGACCUUGCUGGUGAGUUUAGGGAACAUGGAUUUAUCACAAGGAAGAGCAGAUCUAUAAAACUACAAAGUUCAAACUUCAUAAAGUACUGCCAGACCUAUAACAAAAUAGAAAAAUGGAUCCAUACUUACCAAUAUUUUCUUUUCCCGGAUACAGACCAUUGCCGCACUACAGAUGAGUAGCUCCUCCAAAUCCUAAAAAUGGACAGGAACACCUCCUAAUUAAACCAUAAAAAGACUCCAUCCCCUACAUCCUCAGUCUUCGUCCAAGAAACAAAUUAAGGGUGGUCAUUUAGUGCUGCCAUGGCCUAUAUCCGGGAAAAGGAAGUAUCGGUAUGUAUGGAGUAAAUGUUCUAUUUUCCUGGAUAUAUUCAUGGCAGCACUGCAGAUGGGUAAAACCCGAGCUACAGAAUUCCUGGGCAAUGGCUCUGACAAUCCAUCGACCAAUCGAAGAAGUAUAAGCAGCCUGGCCCAACUUGUGUCUUGAUGGAAUCACUAAAAAACAGGAUGUUUUUCUGAUAUUAGCCCCUAAGGCCAUUAUGACAUUCUAUACCGCCCAACAUUAAAUGGGAUUAAAUGCAGUAGCGGCUUGGAGCCCCUGAGCUGGCUGGUACAUACCUACCCUUGCAAUCUUCUUUGGGGGACUGCCUGACCAUAUAGGCAGUCCCCCUAUAGUAAGUCAAAGCUUCCCGGGGCAUGUUAUCAUAUUGACAAAACAAUGAAUUGGCCAGUAUAGCAAGCUAAAGAACUGCCUCGGUUGUCAGGCAGUCCCCCAAACUGCAAAAAAGUUUAAAAAAAAUAAAAAAUAAAAUAAAUAUUAUGCCCAAAAAUAUAUAUUUUCACACUAAUACUAAAGAAAUUUUAUUUCUUUUUAAUAUAAAAUAUAAAUUUAUAUAUAUUUGCCUUUUAAUAAUAACACUCCAAGGACGUCUGAAUGUAGUAAAAGUAAAACUUAACUUUUACUUACUGCUCGCAAAUUAAAAAUAUAGACGUUUCCGUUCACAACAUGAACUUUCAUCAGAAAAAUAGAAUGUGACGGCAGAUAAGAACCAUUCGGCCCAUCUAGUCUGUCCAAUUUUCUAAAUACUUUCAUUAUUCCCUAACCUGAUCAUAUAGUUAGGAUAGCCUUAUGCCUAUCCCACGCAUGCUUAAACUCCUUUACUGUGUUAACCUCUACCACUUCAGCUGGAAGGCUAUUCCAUGCAUCCACUACCCUCUCAGUAAAGUAAUACUUCCUGAUAUUAUUUUUAAACCUUUGUCCCUCUAAUUUAAGACUAUGUCCUCUUGUUGUGGUAGUUUUUCUUCUUUUAAAUAUAGUCUCCUCCUUUACUGUGUUGAUUCCCUUCAUGUAUUUAAAUGUUACUAUCAUAUCCCCCCAGUCUCGUCUUUCCUCCAAGCUAUACAUGUUAAGAUCCUUUAACCUUUCCUGGUAAGUUUUAUCCCGCAAUCCAUGAACCAGUUUAGUAGCCCUUCUCUAACUCUCUCUAAGGUAUCAAUUCACCGAUUAUUGCCUCUGUCCUUAAGUGUUUAGAAUUACACUUCAAGUAUGCUUAUAAACAACGAAACCGGUCAUGACAAUGCCACUUUUCUUCUUCUUCUUCUGAUGAGGUAUGGGGGGGGAAUGCUGGUCGAAUAAUGUCUUGAUUAACAUGGAAGGAAGUAACUACUUUAGACUGAGGAUGUAGGGGAUGGAGUCUCUGGGAAAGAGAAGUGUCUUUGGCACAAUCCUAAAUAUGGAAAUGUAACACGUGUUCACAUAAAGUGCAAGUGCCAACAAAAACAUGUUUACCUUUAAAAUACCAUAAUUCUAGGGAUAAAACACUCCCAGAUCGUGUAUAUAUAAAUAAAUGAAGGGGGAGAAAUUACAGAAGCAUUUAUAGUGUAGUAUUUAAUACAACAUGAAAUAUAAGACACACUGUGAAGAUAAAUUGCAUUGUCCCUAAGGGUCCACUAAUAUCUGGGAUAAUCUGGCUGUAGAGAGAAGUGGCCUCUUAAGCAUUUUUAUUGUUUCCACUUGCAUUUUCCGGUGUGAACACGUGUUACUUUUGCACGUAUAUUUUUACGCCAGAGCAGGCCUAUGGCUGGACUUUACAGGUGCAUGCUGGGAAUGGAGGAUUUUAUUUGCAUUAAUCAUUCCGGCACAGGGCAAUCACAUUGGAUCUGGGCUCCUAUUAUGUGAUGUAUCAUGUUUGUAAACGUUGUUCACCAGAUGGUAUUUGUGCCAUAACAGGACUCUGAUUUAAUGCAUGUACUGUGCCUGGCACCCAAUGAAUUGAAAUAUUGUGUAACGUGGAGGCACAGAUUCACAGGUCUGCUUGUUUCCGCAUUGCAGGGUGCAGCAAAGAUGCUGUUAAAGACAGGAGACCACCCAGCUAAACUGCGAUCUGAUGUGUGCACUCCGGGGGGCACCACCAUCUGUGCAUUGCAUGAGUUGGAGAAAGGGGGCCUCAGGGCCACAGUAAUGAAUGCCGUGGAAACUGCCACAGAGAAAGCUAGGAGCAUUGGAAAAAAGACGGCACAGUAACUACACAACAAUCAGGAACCCUGAAUUGCACGGGAUGUAGCUGCAGGACCGGCUGUCAUUAUUUGGGACCACAGCCCUAUAUAACCCCUGGCAAAGCACAGUGCAUUAACUGCUAUGCCACAUAUCCCUUCUAGUUGUAAGUUUAUUUUUGGGGGAUUUCUUGUAGGAGUCCUGAGUGAACUCUGAAUGGGCAUUAUGCUGGCUCGUCAGAUCAGUGUUUACAGCGUCUAUAGGUGGGUGUAAGACCACAUUAAUACAAUAACUGCAAGGUAAAUAAAUACAUUUUAAAAUGUAGCUGUGUUUU